AUGCCGGGCGCCAAUAGAGCCGCCUCCUGGACUGGUACCAACACCACGACACCUAGAACUUCGAGUAACGGCUUGCCAAUAAUCAAGAGGACAGCACUACCAGGGCAACAAGGACAGCAAGGGCAGCAAGGGCAGCAAGGGCAACAAGCGCAACAAGCGGGCCAAGUCCAUCCCAGAACUUGGAGAGAGAAAAUCAAAUACUCGAUACCUAUCUUCGAGGAUCCCGACGCAAAAUGGGGACCUUUCGCCCAAAUUACGAGAGCGGCCAGAAGAGACGGGAGAUGGGAAGAAUGGAGCCUCGAUACCAUGUGGAAAGGCAUACCCCCUACGAUACAGGAGCCCCCAAGCGGGCUGAAGUCUUGGAUCAGUUCUCGGAUCAGUUCUGCGGAUGAACCGCCCAAGAUCAAGUCUGCCACGGCCACCCCCAACCCGGGCACCAACUUCGCUCCGGGUACCCCUGGAACGAACUCUGCGAACGAUGCUGCCAACAGAGCCAGUCGUUUCCGAAUGAGCUCCAAAGCGAAAAACACCGACUGGACCGGGUCCGACACGGACAACCUCCCCGUGGAGAAGAAUAUCUUUGAAGAUGGCUUUAACGAAUUUGCAGGGGACUUCAGCCCGCACCAGUCAGACUUCUCUGAACUCCUCGCCGGCCGCACCAAGCACGAGACAGAGUAUUCGGACCAGCACUGGAAAUGGCUAUACGAAAUAGUGUACAACAAGACAGCCGAGUUCGCCGAGCGGUGGUUCGACUGCGGCGUCGGCUUCAGCACUGUUCUCGCAGCAGGCCAGUCAGCAUGGGGCUCUGCCAUGACGGAGCAGUUUAUACAGUACUCUCGGUUGGUCGCCCAUGAGGACCGUCCAGAAAACACCUGGCGCGAGAUCCUGCACGACCCCGUGCAGCGCAAGUGGCUCUGCGUGGGCAUAUUGGCUCAGAUCUUCGAGAAGAAGAUCUUCAAUGAGAUUUUAUUCGGUGCGGACGAAAAGUUCAAGAAGAAACUGGACGAAGAAGACAUGAGGGACAUCGAAACAGAAGGCAAGACCACCUGA